UGCUGAACAAAGUUUUGAGAACAUAAUCUGUCAACAUCUUUCAACCUCUCCCUCUACUUCUUCCCCCAUAAAAGCAAAGCCUCAACUCUAUAAUCUUUCAUAAGCAAACACUGAUUUGCAUAUCUACUAAGAAAACGAAAGCAAUGGAGGCCUUCAAAAGCAUUGCGAACCCUUCGAGUUCUUUCUUUGUUAUAUGCAUUUUGCUUCUCUUGGUGAAUGCAGCAUCUGCAAAAACUCAUUACCAUGACUUUGUUGUUCAAGCAACACCAGUGAAGAGGCUGUGCAAAACCCAAAACACCGUAACGGUGAAUGGACAAUUCCCCGGACCAACAUUGGAAGUAAAUAAUGGUGAUACUCUGGUGGUUAACGUUGUCAAUAGAGCUCGAUACAAUGUCACCAUUCACUGGCAUGGGGUUAGGCAAAUGAGAACAGGAUGGGCAGAUGGACCAGAAUUUGUCACUCAGUGUCCAAUUAGACCAGGAAAGAGCUAUACUUACCGGUUUACAAUUCAAGGACAAGAAGGGACACUUUGGUGGCACGCCCACAGCUCAUCGUUAAGGGCUACUGUUUAUGGAGCUAUAAUUAUCCACCCAAAAGAAGGAGAAAACUAUCCAUUUCCUAAGCCCAAAAGAGAAACACCAAUUCUGCUAGGUGAGUGGUGGGAUGCAAACCCUAUUGACGUUGUAAGACAAGCUACAAGAACUGGGGCAGCUCCUAAUAUAUCUGAUGCAUACACCAUCAAUGGUCAACCAGGUGAUCUCUACAAGUGUUCCAAACAAGAUACCACCAUAGUCCAUGUGAACUCCGGCAAAACCAACCUCCUUCGAGUUAUCAAUGCUGGACUGAACCAACAGCUUUUCUUUACUGUGGCCAACCACAAGCUUACUGUUGUUGGAGCAGAUGCUUCUUAUGUUAAACCCUUCACAACAUCAGUCCUUAUGCUCGGACCAGGCCAGACAACUGAUGUCCUGAUCAAAGCUGACCAACCACCAGCCAGAUACUACAUGGCAGCGCGUGCAUACGCAAGCGCUCAAGGCGCCCCGUUUGAUAAUACCACAACCACUGCCAUCCUCGAGUACGAGACAUCCUCUUGUUCUUCUAAUUGUGCCAAGACUACUCCAGUUUUCCCAUCUUUACCAGCAUAUAAUGACACAGUCACUGCUACAGCCUUCACAACCAAAUUCAGAAGCCCAAGAAAGGUUGAGGUGCCCACUGAAAUCGAUGAAAAUCUAUUCUUCACAGUCGGGCUGGGACUCAAGAACUGCCCAAGAGGUGCAAGCUCCAGAAAUUGUCAAGGUCCAAAUGGAACUCGAUUCGCUGCCAGUAUGAACAAUGUUUCUUUUGUGCUACCAUCCAACUUUUCGCUGCUACAAGCCCAUCACCAGGGCAUACCUGGUGUUUUCUCAACUGAUUUCCCAGCUGUGCCACCUACAAAAUUUGAUUAUACUGGAAACGUAAGCAGGUCGCUGUGGCAACCUAUUCGAGGAACUAAGUUGUACAAGCUGAAAUAUGGGGCAAAAGUGCAAGUUGUGUUACAAGGGACAAGUAUCUUCACAGGUGAAAACCACCCAAUUCAUCUUCACGGAUAUGAUUUUUACAUCAUUGCAGAGGGGUUCGGUAACUUUAAUCCAAAGAGAGAUACAGCUAAAUUCAACCUUGUUGAUCCACCUCUCAGAAACACGGCCAGUGUACCCGUUAAUGGAUGGACAGUCAUCAGAUUUGUCGCUGACAAUCCAGGAGCGUGGAUAAUGCACUGUCACUUGGAUGUUCACAUUACAUGGGGUCUGGCAAUGGUGUUCAUCGUAGAAAAUGGAGUUAGUGAACUGGAAUCAUUGGAGGCUCCUCCAGUAGACUUUCCUGUCUGUUGAGGACUGCAACAAGCAACAUAAAACAAAAUCCCCCUAGAGAAAUCAACUUAAUUGUUUUAGUCAUUCUAAGUGAUACUGUUCCUCCCAUUGUUUUUGCUCUACUACAUUUUCCCCCCUUUUCCUAGAAUUUCAGGUCAAGAUGGUGUCAAAAGUUGUCACUGAAUUCACCAUCUGUCGUAGAAUUUAGCCAGCAUAUUCCCAAAUUAAAGCAAUUGUAUUGUUACGCGCGAAAUUACACAGAAGAAUUUGUUUGAGUUUGAGCUAAAUUUGGUGACCAUUCCACAAAAGCAGUACUACAAUUAUGAACUGCAUAUACUAGAAAGAGACCUGGCAUGAUUCAUUGCAUAUCGAAAAUCAUUAGUAGUAAGAAUUGCUCCUUUGUAUAAAAUGGAAAAAAAGACAGAUCUUUCGAGAAAUUAAAGAUAUCCCAUUUGAGACUAGUUCUAUUU